GCGGGAUCACAAGUCACUACCUUCAAGGAAAGUCAGAUUUACGGAUGGGGAGAGCAGAAAUCUUACUAUGACGGCAUGAUUAUGAUAUUAUUGAGGAUUGGCGAACUUGGGAGCAAUAUUCUGGCAUGAGCAAUGAUAUCAAAACGAUAUCAGAUGAAUGACGGCGUUUGAUGGAAUUUCAUGGCUUGGACGAAAUAUUUAUGCAAACACUCUCGAGGCAGAGAAGGAACAUGGGCCGGCGGCGUUGGGAUUUUUGGUGAUGAUGGUACUGUUUGCGAACAGCAAACAGGGGAUGAAUUCAGGGCUUUUCAAUAAUUCCGUUGAGGCUUUGGUUUAUUCAAUAUAUAUGCUUUGGACAACCCUCCUCGUAAUAUCGUAUUGAAAAGAAAUUUGUCGUUAUAUCCAAGUAGAAUUUUUUAUU